AUGAGUGAUGAUGGAAAUGAAGAGAUGAUACGUCUCUUUGACUACUAUUAUAUGCAGCAUAAAAUUAAUGAGCCUAUUACAUUGAUCACACUUGGUAUGUUUCUUCAUGAAAUGGGACAGUUCGACCAAGCUGCAUACUACUAUCGAUUGAUGUUACACGAUUGUAAUAUAUCUUAUGAUGAUGAUAAGCAGGCCAAACUUCAUAAACAACUUGGUUAUGUUGCUAAAACUCAGGGUCAUUACAAACAGGCGAUUGACGACUAUAAUCGAGUACUUUCUCUCUUUCUCGAACAUAAUCCUACUAACUACGAAGAAUUAUUAAAAAUCUACAAUAAUUUGGGUGUAGCUCAUCGUUAUAAAUCAAAUUUGAAUGACACUCUAACGUUUAUGCAAAAAGCGCUAAAUUUACUAACAGCUUAUGUGAAACCAAGCGACACUACACUCUCUCAAGCAUACAAUAAUAUCGGUCAAGUCCAUCAUAGUCGAAAAGAAUAUACUUGUGCUAAAUUAUGUUUUCAGAAAGCUUUACACAUUUUCACUCAUUCAACUACUAUACCAAGUAAUCAUCCAAAUCUGGCGACAUUACUGAGUAAUCUUGCCCAUCUUAACAGUGAAAUGGAACAGUCUGAUGACGCUGUAUACAAAUUAAACGAGGUUUUAACAUUUCAAUUAAAGGCAUUACGACCGCAUCAUCCUCACGUUGGACGUACUUACAGUAAUCUUGCCUGUGUUUAUCUCAAUAAAAAGGAACAUUAUAAGACAUCUCUAUGCUUCUUAAAAAAAUAUUGGAUAUGA